UCGGAUGACCUCAAGAAUGACCUAGCCCCUCCCCCCUUUUGUUUAAUUGCAAGCCUGAAAAAACUGGUCAGCCCAUAGAUAUAAUUAUAGAGUAAAGAUCUAUGAUCAGCCAGAAGUAGAAGAGCUGUUUUUCUGUACAAGGUGCAUUUAUGGUAGCGAUGAGUGUAUUUAGCAGUGUGCUGGAAGUGGUGUCGGCGGUGGCAGUGGUGCACUCCACCACAGUUGCUGUGAUGGUGGUGGUCAGCAUGCUCUUCCUUUACCGACGACUCGUAGGUGGGGGAAUACCCACUCCUAAACAGGGAGAGAAGUACCCUCCCCACAUAUCCUCGUGCCUUCCAUUCCUGGGUCACGCUGUCGAGUUCGGCAAGAACCCCAUCGAGUUUCUGCUCAGUGCAAGAGAGAAGUACGGCAAUGUGUUCAGCUUUACAAUGGUGGGAAAGACAUUCACUUACCUGAUUGGUUCCGACAGCUCCGCCCUGCUCUUUAACUCCAAAGACCAGGACCUCAAUGCAGCUGAAGUGUAUGGCAAGCUGGUCACACCCGUGUUUGGCAAGGGUGUGGCUUACGAUGUGUCCAAUGAUGUGUUCCUAGAGCAAAAGAAGAUGCUCAAGACUGGUCUCUCAGUGGCUCACUUCCGACGCUACGUCCCACUCAUUGAGAAGGAGACCAUUGACUACUUCGAGAGAUGGGGUGACAGCGGGGUGAAAGACCUCUUCCAAGCAUUAUCAGAGCUAAUUAUCCUGACUGCCAGCCGCUGUCUCCAUGGCCGUGAGAUAAGGGAGUGUUUGGAUGAACAUGUUGCCCAGCUGUAUUCUGAUUUGGACGGAGGGUUUAGUCACCUGGCCUGGCUACUCCCAGGAUGGCUGCCACUGCCGUCAUUCAGGAAACGAGACCAUGCUCGGCUGGAGAUGUAUAAGAUAUUUGGUGAUGUAAUCCAAAGGCGUCGUGAGAGCUCACAGGGGGACCAUGAGGAUGACGUGCUCGAUACUCUUCUGCACACUACUUACAAAGAUGGCCGCACUCUUAAGGAUCAUGAGAUAAUAGGCAUGUUGAUAGGGUUUCUGUUGGCAGGACAACACACCUCCUCCACCACCAGUGCAUGGGUAGGCUUCUAUCUUGCCAGACACAAGCAGCUGCAGAAUGCUGCCUACCAGGAGCAGUUGAAGGUCUGUGGUGAGGAUUUGCCUCCAUUGAAUUAUGACGAGGUUGAGGAACUUGCCUUCCUGGAGCGUUGCUUGAAGGAGACCCUGAGGCUUCGCCCACCUAUCAUGACCAUGAUGAGGAUGGUGAAGUCCACUCAGACUAUUGGCAAGUUUACGAUACCUCCUGGUCACCAAGUGUGUGUCUCACCAACUGUCAACCAGAGCCUCAUGGAGGUCUGGACCAACCCGCAAGAUUUUAAUCCUGACCGAUUUUUAGAACAGACUUCAUCUGAUGAAAAGUUCUCCUUUGUUCCAUUUGGAGCAGGUCGACAUCGCUGUGUGGGAGAGAGUUUUGCGCUCAUUCAGAUCAAAACCAUCUGGUCUGUUCUCCUGCGCAAGUACGAGUUUGAUUUGGUGGAUGGUCACUUUCCACCAGUCAACUACACCACUAUGAUACACACCCCCACCAAGCCUCUCAUUCGAUACAGGAGAAGGGGCAUGUGAAACAAGGACUUAUUGUAAUGCCACAACUGUUUAGCUGUUUGGUUUUAUUGCAUGUGUGAGCUUGAGCUUAUACAUUAUAUUUAUAUUGUACGUAACACGAUGGCUAUGUGGACUGACAGUACAUGGUAUGGUUCAUUUUGGAAUAUUUAUAUGGUCUUAAAUUGAUUGUAAUUAUUAACAUUAAUCAUGCGUGUAGUAACUGACAUGCAUAAUAAUUA